GGACGCUCGCCCGCGUGUUCGGCAUCCUGCUGUCUGUACCAGUGAUGGCGGCGGUGGCGACGAGUCGCUGGGUGUACGUCUUCUACGCAGGCGAGGUGGUGUGGCACCAGCAAUUGAAUCUGGGGCGGGUGGCAUUGUCCGAGGCUGACCACGUCAUCUACACGGCGGAUGGCGAUCUCUACAUCGUCGCGUUGGCCAACGAUGCUGAUGUGCAGGCGGCGCGGUUCGGUGCCUUCAACCCGCCGCCUCCAGGGAUCGCGGGCAACCAGGUGUAUGGGUUCAGAGCCGAGCCGACGGAUGCGGAGCUGGCCCAGCUCACCCUGGAGGCGGAGCAGAUCGCCACCGCCGAGUGCCGCACCAGAGCGGCCGCCAUCGGCAACCUCGGCCUGCUCACCAACCUGCGGCCACUGGUCGCGCCUGGGGGUGACCCCGCUGGGGUGUGGAGGGCCGUCGCCUGCGAGGGCGGAUAUCGGAUUGGCGAUGAGGUGCCCGGGCACGUUCCCACGGCAGCUCGAGCCCUGGAUCGGGACAUCCAUGUGCUGCCAGACGGCCAGGGCCUGUUCGUGGAGCUGGUUCCGCCAGCCGCCCUCGAGACCUUCUUGCGGAAGGCUGUAGAUGCGGACGCCAGGAUCUUGCCCAUUAUUCGAGAUGCGCAGGGUCGCCGCGACGUCCCAUGGCGCAAGAUGGUGGAGAUGACCCGCCAGGAGGACUUCGGCUCGGACUGGACGCUGCCAGGCCCGAGGACGGCGGCAUGGUGCAUGAGCUACCUUCAGCGGGAGGGCCUCGGCAUAGAGGGCCAUCACGAGCACUUCAGGCAGAUCUGCAAACUCGCCGCCACGGAUUGGGGAGUUCAGGAACACUACCAGCUGUGCCAGCAGAUCAAGGCGGCAACCUGCCAGGACCUCCUAGACGGGACGAACUUGAUUAGCAUUGAGAUGAAGUUUAGGAGGCUCCAGACCAUCGAGUUCGCCCACUGGGACAAGGCCAAAGACGCCGAGAGCAAGGGCGUUGGGGGCAAGAUGAGUAUCUCCAGAGACGUCCACGACAUCGGCAGGCGUCGGCCCCGGGACAUCUUGCCACUGCCCUACCCCUCGUUCAAAGAGCCGCUGGAUAAGGCUUCGGUCAAGGAGCUCGCCAGAGGUACGAGGCAAAGGAUUGGGCGAAGGCUGGGUGUCUGCAACGAUGUCUAUGGAUGCGUGGACGCUCUUCAUUGGCUUCAUGACCCGUCCCUCCGUUGUGGUCGUGACCGUUCUGCACGAUACGUUGGCCCGUCACUCGCCCAGAGCCAGUGCUUGGCCCACAUCUCCGAGUCGGUGCGCAACCUUGGUCCGCCGCCGUCGACUCUCUCUCCCGCAGAAGCGCUGGUGCAGCUUCGCGUGGCCGGGGGUGCCUACAAUGUCGAGCAGUCGCCCCUCGGGAGCUACGACCCUGCGCUCCUCUCCUUGCCUGGCGUCAGUACCGCCCCUGUGCCGCUGGCCGACGUGCGGGGGGAGGGCGGGCAAGCCAAGGUCGAACAGUUCGUUCUGCAGAGCUUGAUGGAUCCGAGCGAGGCCGAAGCCGGGUUGAGGCAGAGCUUCAUACCUGUUCCUUACUCUCACCCUCGUCUACGUGAUCAGCGGCGCUGGUCCAGUUUUGUUCAGUUGCUGUAUGAGCGGCACCUAGUCGGCUUCAGCUUGGAGGACGGCGUUCGGGCCGAGAUUUUCUUUGUGAAAAAAAUGGGAGGCCGCCUUCGCACGGUGGCGGACUGCCGCCGCUGGAACGAGGUGUUCACCGAGCCCCCGGGCGCGCGGCUCGCGACGGGCGACGCCUUCGGUAUGCUGGAGAUGGCGGCGGACGACUCUCUCCUGACAGCGGAGGGUGCCGACCUGAAGGACGCCUUCUACCACCUUGAGCUGCCCGAGCAGCUCCGUCCGCGUUUCAGCUUGCGACCUGUGCGCGCUGGCGCCCUGGGCAUCAAGGAGGUCGGCGGGGUCGCUGUCGGGGCCUCCACCAAGCUCUACCCGCGCCUCAGGGUCGUGCCCAUGGGCUGGUCCUGGGCCAUGUGGUGGUGUCAGUCGGUGAUGGAGCGAGUGGCAGAAGCAGCAGGCUGCGGUGACGAAUCACGACUACGAGAUGGCAGACCUGCUCCCUCUUUGGACCCAUCGUAUCACCUUGAGUACGUCGACAACUUCGUGAGCAUCGGCUACGACGCGGAGGCGGUUCGGUCCGCUGUGACUCGUGUCAUGACGGAGCUCAAGCGCCGAGGUCUGGUGGUGACCAGGGAGGAGCACCUCGGUGACAGCGAGGGCGAGUUUGCGAUUGUGGAGGGCGCGGCUAGCGGUGCGUGGUCUUCUGCGGCGCGGCCGCGCCAGUGGUCGCGAUCUCGAGCGCGUGCUGGCCACAUCAUCUUCGUCACUCUCGCUCGGCGUGAGGGCUUGAGCAUCUUCGAGGCGUGUUUCCGCUUCGUCCAGAAGUGCUACCGCCAGCAGGUGCCGCUCUGGUCUCAGGUCAGGCAGGUGCGCAUGGCCUGGGAUGGC